AUGGGCAGAAAGAUGCUCCUCAGCCUGCUAACCAUGUUGUCCUUGAUCGUGGGCCAAAUGUUUGGCUUCCCGAAACCUGAAGGUGCAAGAGAAGAUAAAACAGUAUACAACAGAGAACUAAGUGUAGAGAAACCAUUGGAAGAACAGAUUGCUGAAGCAGAGACAGACAAGAUGAAGAAAUCACUCCGGACAGACAAUAAGCCAGAAUUCAGGAAUUAUUCAUUUGUGGAUGACUUGAACCUGCUGAGAUCUGUUGUGGAAAAAGACAGAAAGGAAAAGGAAAUGGAAUCGGUCAGGAGUCCCCCGUAUCCCCAACAGCUUGCUCUUGACGAUGUAGAUUCCACCAAGACACGCAGGCUGGUGGAUGAGUAUGACUCCACUAAAAGUGAUGUGGAUUAUAAAUAUCCAGAUGACCCUGAUGGACUUCGUCAGCUUGAUGGGACCCCGUUAACAGCUGAGGAUAUCGUCCAGAAGAUUGCCAUGAGAAUUUAUGAGGAAAAUGACAGAGGCGUCUUUGACAAGAUUGUUUCCAAGCUUCUAAACCUGGGCCUGAUCACUGAAAGCCAAGCCUACACCCUGGAGGAUGAAGUGGCCGAAGCAUUGCAGCAGCUGAUUGCUGACGAAGCCAGAGAUCGGGAAAAGGCCUCUGAAGGACUCCCAAGCAAGACCCGAGAGAAGCAGAACAUAAAACCGGUGUUAAAAAAUACUGAUGGAGAUGAUACCUUGGAUAAUACCUGGGCACCCGCCAAUAUCUUAGAAAGAAGAAAUGAACUGCCCCUAGAGGAUCGCUUUCAGGAUCUCCAAUACUUCCCAAAUUUCUAUGAACUAUUAAAAAGCCUUAACUCAGAGAAAGAAGUGAAAGAAAAGGAAACCCUGAUUACAAUCAUGAAAACGCUAAUAGAUUUCGUCAAGAUGAUGGUUAAAUAUGGAACCAUCACUCCAGAGGAAGGUGUUUCAUAUCUAGGUAAGAACCUAGGAAUAAUUUUUAUAACCCUAUUUUCUCUCAAGAAUUGCACCAGAGCAGCUCAAAGCAGCACCCCCACUCCCCACGACCCGCCUCCUUCCGCAGAGAAAAAUUACGAUCUUUCGAAACUGCGGGAUUUCAUAGACCAACAAGCUGAUGUUUACGUGGACAAGGGCAUCCUGGAUAAAGAAGAGGCAGAUGUGAUCAAGCGUAUCUACGGCAGCCUGUAGAGAGGGGGGAAAAAAAAAAAACUCCCGAAGACUGUAUGGAAUUCUAGUCUAGCUUCACCCACAUCUAGUUCUAAGACCUACAAAUUUCUUUCUCCCCACCACAUCCCAGGAAAAAGAGGUGAUUAGAAAGUAUUCUGUCUCCAUUGUACUAAAUUUUAUCUGGGUUUUAAACCCGCCCCCCUACAAUUGCCUAUUUGUUUCUUCUCAACUUUGAUCGCCCCGCCCCCCUUAAGGUAAAUGAGCCGCCCACUUUAUAGAUAACAGGGUAUAACAGCUGCUUACACCAUGUCCCCCUUAACAUAACCAGUGGCUCUUUUCAGAUUAUAUACUUUGGAUAAAAAGCCAGUUUGUUUCAUCAUGAAAUGGCUUUUAAGAGAUACUGUUCGGGGGGUGGGGACACACGAUAAAGGGCAUUACUAGGGGCAACCCAAGUGAAUUAACUCAGUUUAGCUCCGCUCAGUUCUUGCAAAGAACCUCACCUUUGCAUUCUCUUGUUUCGUGUCCCAGAAAGUAUUGUUGGAAUGCUGUAAUAUAUCCAUUUUCUUGCUGUUUGCGCAUUCUGCUUUGUUCUUCCUCCACCCAUGUGCCAUCAAGUCGUGGCUGUGUGUUUAACCCAGCACCAGCCUUCAAAACAAAAUCUUUACAGGGAGAAAGAACCGUAUUGUCACCGUAUUGCUACGGUCAGGUACAGUAGCAACGGUUACCCUUCACAUCCUCCUCCAUCGUUCUUAGUUAAGUGUAAUUUCUCUGCAUGUAUAAAGAACAGUUCUUGAUGUGAGUAGCUUAAUGAUGAUGUCAAUAACCAUUUCUAAGGGUAAAAAAGGAGGUGAAGCAAGGUACUUGAACUUAGAGCUGUGCUUAGAACCAGACAUUUAUAUAUAUAUAGGACAAGUGAUACGCUAGGACUGCGGGAAUGCAGUAUCUUUUAGCAACACGAGGUUUCAUAAACGCCUCAUUUUUGUAAACUUUCAAUUUGACCUGAAUUAACGCGGAAGAUCCAAGCUCCCUUUCUAUUCAGGAGAUAUACUUUUACACAUUUUAUUUUAUUUUAUUUAAACUAAGGCACAACUGGGUUAAAGCAACAUGCUAAGCCAUAAGUCACAAUCCACAAUGCUGGUUUAGCUUGAUCAGCCAUGGUUUGUGGAUCAAGCCAUAAUCGGAUGGGCUCCAUACAGUGCAGUGAGGCAUAAGUCGCAGUUCAAAAAUUAGAAUGGCUACAUUCACAGAAUAUUGCAUCCCCUCCCUGGGAAAUUGUUGCUUGCACAUUGAAUAAUUCUUGAGAGAAGUAAAUCCUGCAUUUCAGUUCUCGUUCUGAAUGUGACCUGAGGAGGCUUAUGUUUGUCUUAUAAUAAUCAAUUUAUUUUUGUUUUGAGAUUCCAAAUUUAUAACAUUGACAUGCAGUGAGCGUUCCGGUCAGAAGAUGGGCUGAUUCUGCUUAAUUUCUCCAUUAACAGUCCAAAUAGCACCCCUUAAUUUCAAUAAUUGGAAAUAGAUUUUCUGUUGCUAAGCAGUGCGGUUGUAAAGAAUGUCAGGUGGUUGCACUUAGUGACAGCAUUAUGGUAGUCCUCAGUUACCGUCAUUAAGUGAAGACCACGGUCAUCUAGCAAGGUCUUCUCGUGACUACAAUGUGCGGGCUUCCCCAUCGAUUUUGUUUGUGAAAGACAAGAUGUCGCAAAUUGUGAUAAUGUGGCACAGAAUGUUGCCACAAUCACAUGACCAUUGGCGCCCGCGUUGGGCAAAACUUUUGAGGACUGGUUGUAAGUUCAACAUUGUUACAAGUUGAAACGGUCACCGAAUAAGUGGUCGUUCAAUGAGGACCACCUAUAUGUUUACUUGUAUUGUUUUUCCCCAUAAAUUGCCCUGAUAAAUUGCACCGACAAAAUGGUUUAGAAGCUAUUUGGACUAAAACUAGCAAAUGAGAAAUAAAUUUUGAUAAAUCUUCACGGUCCUGCUGGAAGCCGACACUGACGAAGCUAUAUAUCGUGGGAGAGAACCCCCCAAAUAUGGGGUGGGGGGUUUAUAAUCUAUGGAGGCUGACUUUCGUUGGCUAAGCCUAGCUGAACAGGUCCAUCCCUUCAGUUGCAGGGUCAUGGCAAGGAGGCCAGACCAGUGCUGAAAUUCAGUUACAAUUGCCAGCCUCCUUCACAAAUGGAUGUUUUAGACAGAAGUAUUGGGUUCAUUUUUGGUGCAGCUGCUAACUCAGAAAACAUCCUUUUAGCACCAUCUGGAUAAUAAAAGCUCUAAAAGAGAAACUUAAUGUAUUCCGCAGACAUACUAGUCUCAUAUUCCUUCGUACAUUUUAAACAGUCAUUAAAAGAAUUUGCAUUUAUAUGAGAUGGGAAGGAAUACAACAGAGAAAUUAAGAAUGCAGCCCAACGCAUCUUCCCUCAACAGGGAAUAUUAACUUCUUCUGACUGGACAUGCACUAGCUUAAACUUUGAAACAGGAUAAAAACAUUGGUGUCAAUGAUUUAUAAAUCUCUUGUUCAGUGACAGCCUACCUACCUAAUCUAAGGUUACAAAUGGUAACCCCAGAAUUGUCAUAAACGCAUGCCAGUUGUCAGGUUCCCUGACUUUGAUCACAUGAC